AUGGCUUCUACACCUGCUACAUUGAAUGAAAUCUUAACCUCUAGUGACAGUGACAGUGACAGUGAAAGUGAGACUGAUACUGAAAGUGGAAACUGUGGUGACAGUGAAAGCACUGAGAGUUUAUGGUCAUUUGAUCAAUCUGAAGAAGAUGAUCUUCUAAACUUAGAAGACAUAGUAGAAGAGCCAACCUUUAAAUUACCAUGUGAGUUUGAAAUCAGUGGAGAGAAACCUUCAGAUGUUAGCAGCUGUGAUGCAGAAAAAUCAGGAUUAACAGAAUGUAAGGCAGUUCUUAGGGAACUUUCCUCAUUGAUUUGGAAAACUCUGUCUAAAUCUACCAUGAUAAGCUUACUUAAAGACUUUGUUGAGUCUGAAUUUUUUUUGAUUGAUGGAGAUUCAUUAUUCAUCACUUGUGUUUUGAAUGUGAACUACAAGCAAGGACAAACUCUUCAUUUCUUCUAUAUAGUUGAACAAUUUCUGCAUAAUUUUAUCCAAAAGGAAGCAAAAUUUGUAAUAGUCUUUUUUAAGGAUGCAGAAAAUUUGUAUUUUAACUGUUCUGAACUCCUGACUCUUCGUACCAUGCUGAUUCAACAUUUAGAGCACAAUACUGAUGUUACUAUUCACACAGAAUUUUCCAAUUGUCUGUCACCAGAAUGGGAGAUAUUUCUUACAGAAUAUUACCCAUAUUUCCUAAUUGUCUCAGAAGUAGGAAUAACAUCUCGUCAAAUACAAUUUUUAAAUGUUCUUAUACUCCAUGCUCUUAAGAAUAAAAUUAAUAUUGUACAGUCUUUGGGAAUGGAAUCAGAUCUCAUUAGAAUUUAUGGAUACUAUGCCUCAAGUAAAUAUGAACACAAACAUUUUUUUGAAAUGAAUGAGAAGCAACUACGGCAUGCUUUACUUGACUACAUAAUAGACAAUUUCAAAAAUUCACAGAACAUGAAAAUAUUACUGUACAAUAAUUUGGAACUAAGCUUUGAAGACAUACAGAAAGAGGUACAUAAAAAUAUGUCAUCACUUCAGAAUCUGUGGCCAGAAGGACCUGAUAUCAGAAGUGUAGUCUGCUCAAUUUCAUGUGCUGUGACACUCAGCCUCUAUAAAAGAAUGUUACAUGAUUCAAAAGAUUAUGAAAAUCUAGACGCAGAUGCAGAAAAUCAUAACACACAGAACUUGAAGAAAGCACCCACACUGGGUGAAGCAGCAGAUAUUUGCAGAAUGCUCUGUCUCAGUGUGAUUUUCAUGCAACAUUUACCCUUACAUCGAAGAGCUCAAAGCAGGAUCAUUACUCACAUUUGGGACAAAACGCUUUCACCAUUUCUGAGAAUGCUAAAGAAAUGUGACUUUUUUGUCCUAAAUCAGCUAAAAACUAAAAAUAAUUGGAGUGUGAAUUUUGCUGGCCUGCCUGAUUUAUAUGAUAAUAUUUUGUGGAUAAAUAUUGCGUACUAUUAUGAAAUAGAAUAUAAUGGAGGGCUCAACUUGGAAUUUGGUGACACUUUGACACGGGAGUAUCUGAAGUUGUGGAACACAGUCUUAACACUCACAGGAGAUAAUGAUUUUGGAGGUCCUAUGCCUAUCAGAACAACAUCUAAACCCUUUCUUACACAGAAAGGAACACCACCAAGAGGACCAAGUCAAAAAAUUGACAAAUUGGGACUAAUUCCUCUGAAAUCUGAUAUUGUAGAAGAAUAUGCUGGAGAUAUUUUGUCAGAACUACCUUUUCUAAGCAGCGAUGACCUGGUUGUUCAGUCUAAUUCUACAAUAGAAUUUGAUGAACUCACACACUGGCAUUCUUCUAGACCUCUUAGUAGUGAUUUUGAAAGGACUAAGUGCAACAGUGAUGCCAAAUCCAAAGAUGCCAAAGGAAGAAGGGAAAUACAGAAAUUAUAUCACUUUUAUUACAUCUUUGGGAAAUCUUUGGCAGGAAGUAGUGGAUCAGUAAGGAUUGGGAAAGAAAGAGCUUUGCCACCUCCAGAAAAGUUUUCUGUGCCAAAGAAAAGAAACUUUCAGAAGAAAAGUGCAGAAACAAUUAUUGAAGAAAAUAAAAAGAGACAACUAGCUAAACUAGAGAAAAGAGAAGAAGAAAGAUGGAACAAUUUAUCAUUACAUAUUGAAAAGGAAAUUCAAGCAAAUCCUAAUUCUGGCAUAAAAAGAUUAGAAGAUUUUCUUCAGACAUGCUCUGUUAAAUCUGUUAGAUUUAUGGCUGAAAUGGCAGGAUUGGAUGCCUGUUUCAAAUUAUGGGUGGAAUUUUGUUUCAAGCCAGAAUCCAAAGAUAUAAGCAUAGUGAUUAACUUGAUGAAAAGGAUUCACAUAAUCCAUGAAAAAUAUUCAGAACAUUUGAAAAAUCCACAUCGACAAAAAUUAGCCAAAUAUCUAAAAUAUAUUGGCUUUGACAAUUUGGCACACUCCUUAUGGCCUCAGGUAGAUACUAUAAAAAUAUUAAAGACAAAAGAUUUAUCCAAGUAUUCAGUUAACAUGGGAGCAGCCCGGUUUCAGUUAACAUAUAUGGGUCCUUAUUUAUUUCGAGAAGAAAGAACUGAUCCAGACCCGAGGGUGCAUCAUUUUAUACCAGACACAUGGCAGAGGGAGCUUCUUGAUGUUGUCGAUAAUAAUGAAUCUGCUGUGAUUGUUGCUCCAACUUCAUCAGGGAAAACUUAUGCUUCGUACUACUGCAUGGAGAAAGUGCUCAGAGAGAGUGAUGAAGGAGUAGUUGUAUAUGUUGCUCCAACAAAGGCUCUUGUAAAUCAAGUGGUGGGAACUGUCUUUAAUUUAUUUACCAAAGAAUUACCCAAGGGAGAAGUGGUUUGUGGAGUGUUUACAAGAGAUUACCGUCAUGACACCUUGAAUUGUCAGAUAUUGGUGACAGUGCCCCAGUGUUUGGAAAUACUCUUGCUAGGUCCUCAUAAUCAAAAGUGGGUGAAAAGGAUGCGGUAUGUCAUAUUUGAUGAGGUUCACUGUCUUGGGGGAGAAAUUGGAGCAGAAGUUUGGGAACAUCUUCUUGUUAUGAUUCGAUGUCCCUUUUUGGCACUUUCUGCUACUAUCAGUAAUCCUGAUCAUCUUACUGAAUGGUUGGUGUUAAUCAAAAAAUACUGGCAGCAUGCUGAGAGCACAAUGGAAAAUUCUGGUCCACUCCAAAAUGCCUCGAAAGGUUCAAAAAUGCAACAAAGAAAAGGAAUAAAAAAGUCAUCAUACAGAGUUAGACUGGUUUGGUACAAAGAGAGAUACAAUGAUCUAGAAAAGUAUGUGUGUUCCCUAAAGGAUGGUGAGUUUAUCAUUGACCACUAUCACCCAUGUGCUGCACUUACAGUAAAUCAUAUUAUAAAACAUGGCAUUCCUGUAGACCUUGGAUUUUCUCCUCGAGAAAGCAUACUGCUUUAUGACGCUAUGGUUCACAUUUGGCCAGGUUGGCCAAGAAUGCAGGAAUUAGAACCUGAAGAAUUCAGCUACUUUAAAAAUAAAUUGGUCAUCAUGAAGGCAGAUGUCAAGAAAUAUGAAGAAGAACUAAAAAAUGAAAUGAUGCAUUGGGUUGAACUAGACAAAGUCAAGGUGAGUCAGUUACUUAAGUACCUUAAACCCCAAACAUUUGAUUGUAAAGAAAGUGAAAAGCGAAGAAUGUUUCCCAGCUUUGUGGAAAAACUCAAAGAAAUGGGUAGACUGCCUGCAAUUUUUUUUUUAUUCAAUAUUCACACAGUGGAAAUAUUAGCCUCACGCAUUCUAGAACAAUUGAUAUAUAAACAAGUGGCUCACAAUAGCCCAAAUGUUGAAAAAGAAAAGAAAGUAUUGUAUAAGAAACUGUGGAAAGCAAGAAGGUGUCAAAGGAGAAACUUUGCUGUUUUCUCAAAUUCAGGGACAGGUGCUAGGAUUCAAAGAUUGAUUUUAGGAUUUGCUGAAAUAAAGGAAAUAAAGAGAAUGUUGAAAAAAUAUAACGAUAUUCCUGCAGACUGUACUUAUGCUGCUCGUACAAGUGUGGAUACUCAGAUAAAGAUCUUACGUAGACUGAGAGGAACAAGACAAAGCUACAAGCUAUAUCGUCUGUUACGAAGGGGUAUUGGCUAUCAUCAUUCCUCAAUGGAAUACAAGCAAAGACAAGUUGUAGAGACGCUUUUCAGACUGAAGCACAUCCAGGUGGUAACAGCUACCUCAACCCUUGCUUUGGGAAUUAAUAUGCCAUGUAAAUCUGUUGUUUUUACAGAAGAUUCUGCUUUUUUGGAUGCCUUGCAUUUUCGGCAGAUGUCAGGUCGUGCAGGAAGACGUGGAGAAGACCUUAUUGGAAAUGUUUUUUUCUAUGGUAUUCCAUUACCUAAGAUAGAAAGACUCUUAAAAUCUAAUGUGCCCAAACUGAAGGGUCAGUUUCCUCUCAGCUUAUCCUUGAUUCUUAGACUCAUGCUUCUAGUUGCCAAAGCAGAUGACAAAGAGGAUGCCAAAGCAAAGGCAUUAUCAGUUCUCCAAUAUUCAUUGAUUUCCUUCAAGCAACCCAAGAUAAAUUGCAUGAUGAAAUUUUAUUUUAUAUAUUCUAUUCACUUUUUGAUAACAGAGGGAUACCUGAACCAAGAAUGUAUACCUAUUGGAUAUUCGGGACUUGUUUCUCAUUUGCACUAUCAUGAACCUGCAAAUUUUGUUUUUGUGAGCUUGCUGGUGAAAGGUUUAUUUCACAAAUUGUGUAUUCCAGUCGUUGUAGAUGGCCAAAAGACGUUUUCUGAAGAAGUUAUGGAGAAAUUAGUGGUGGUGUUAGCAAAUCUUUUUGGAAGAAGAUAUUAUUCUCCUUCUGUGAAUAACUUUGCAAAGAAAUCCACUCAUACAUUGGUAAUUUUAGAUAAUCUUCCCAAAGAUUUUGCUACAGUGGUAGAGGAAUACAACAACAGAAUUCAAAAAAAUUUUGUUUCUUUCCUCCUAACAAUUUCUAACUUGGCUGACAUGAAAAAAGAAUAUCAACUACCUCUCUCAGAAAUUGAAUUUUCAGGAAAAGAAUUUGAAGAUUCAGAGCUGAUCUCUCAUUUGAUGCCUGGGACUGAAAGCAGAACUGGUAUUUCCCCAUUUGCUUGCCUGUCCAAUAUAACUGAUCAGGAUUUAUUUGAUAUCAAUGCGGUAAAUGAUGUUAUGUUACGUACAAUUAAUGUGUCUAUCAGGAAUGUCCCUUUCUUUUAUAUGAAUAAAUAUGAUCAGUAUCACAGGAAAUUUCCACUGAAUGCAUAUGCAUUGAACUUCUACAAAAAUGGUUCCCUUUCUGCUCUGACCUUGGAUAAUUGGUUGAAUAUGGGUGAUGCCUUUAAUUUAAUCAGAGACUUUACUUUAGUGAUUCAGUCCAUCAGGGUUUCAUUAAGUGAAUUAUGUGAUGAUGAAGAUGACAAUGUUGUACUAGCAUUUAAACAACUAAGUGAAACAUUCAGUGCAAAACUUUGGAGAAAAAGAAGAUAUUGACAAUGUUAAUUUUGCUCCUAUAAAGAGUACUGCUUUUUUGUGCAUUUCAGGGGGUGGCUAUUUACAGAGAACCAAACAUUUUUAUCACUUAGAUUUGAAGCUGAUGCCCUUGAUAUACAAGGAUGUUCAGCAUACCUUCCAGAUGCCUAUUCUUUUUCUCAUGAAUGAUUUGCUGAAGCAGACCCCCCUGCUGACCAAUCAGGAAAGCAAACCCUAUUGACCAAAUUUUAAUUAGGUCUCUCCCUUCCCCAUACAUUCCUGAGUAUAGUUGGACUCCUCCUGAAAACUAUCUGGAGACAUUACCAUAACAACUGUAUGUGAUAACUGUCAACUCUAAUUUUAGUCUCACUAGGACUAUACACCAAUGAAAAUACAUACAUACAUACAUACAUACAUACAUACAUACAUACAUACAUAUAUACAUCCCAAGGUCAGUUGUCUGUUUACACUAUACGUUCACUAAUUCUCAAUUUUUUUCUUCCACUACCACAAAAAAUACUCCUGAUUCUUCCCAACUUAGUUUUCUUAGCCAUUUACAUUAAAGAUCUUUCUGGCUGACUACUGCAAACUCUGCAAAUCUCAAAGUCAAUCCUCAAUGUGUUUACCUCACCCUUACUCACCCUUGCCCAUUACUUGUGUUGAGACAGGUCUUUCUAUUUACUGCACUACUCCCCAUUUAUUUAUGUCUAGAUUUAUAUUUUAAUUGACUUAUGCUAUACCAAAGAAAUUGUGUAUUACCUAGAUAAAGAAUAGAUCUCACAA